CCUUUGAAGAGUGACCAGUAGUGGUAUUGUGCUGCUUAGUGACUGCUCUAGAUCUACGGUCAUCCACAGAGAAGGCUGGAGUUCCAUCUGGAUACAGUGCAGUGACGGAUCAAGGGGAUGACUCAGAGGCCCAGAUACAGUUGAAUCUUAUCACAGCUUGAGCUCCGCCUGCCCCCUGCGCUGCUGCUUGGAGGCAGCUUGGGCGGGGUGUGCCGGAAUGAUAACCCUUGGAAGCAGACCGAGAGCCGCCACGCUGGAGCGUCUGGAGUCGGUAAUGAGCCAGUUCUCCGGGAGCCUGGACCAGUACGACCUGCAGGACGACACCGAUGACCCGGACCUGAGCUGGCCUACUGACCAGUACGACGGGAAGCCGGAGGAAUCGAGUAAGAUCCCGUUCCACGCCAUUUACAACUUUCUUUCCUUCAAGUCGCUGGACUGCAGAGUUUUUCUGGAUCAAGUUCCCAUCAUUGUUCGGGUAACCGAGGUGGAACGGUUCUCUUCCACAACACGGGUUUUCAAUCCCAACCUGUAUACAAUUGAACUGAGACAUGGGGACUUCACAUGGAAAGUCAAAAGACGAUGCAAACACUUCCAGGCCCUUCAUCAGGAGCUACUGAAGUUCAAGGCCCUUCUGAAGAUCCCUCUGCCAACACGCACCCAUGCAGUUCAGAGGAAGUCAUUCAAAGGUCAUAAGUGUUCUCAGGGAGGACACAUCCCCACAUUACCACAGAGACCCGACGCCUUGGUUAAAGAAGACCAACUGACCAGCAGAAAAAUGCAUCUUGAGGAUUAUUUAAAUAAUGUGCUGAAGAGACCCAUGUACAGAAGUCACCCUGCAACACUUGACUUCCUGGAGGUGAGCCAAAUAUCAUUUAUUCAGGACCUUGGACCAAAGGGAAUUGAAGGGCUUAUCCUGAAGAAGUCUGGAGGGAACACCUUCCCAGUGUGCUACUGGUGCGGCUCCAACAGUGUCUGUUACUGCUGGUCAAAGAGAUGGCUGGUGGUGAAAGACUCUUUUGUUCUGUACAUGCGACCAGAGGAUGGGCAGGUUGGCACAGUCAUCCUCUACGAUAAAGGAUUUCAUAUCAAAACUGGAACUGAAGAGACUGGAGUUAGACAUGGACUAACCGUUGAGAACCUCUGCAGGGCGCUUACCAUCAAAUGCUCCACAUACAGACAGGCUUCUUGGUGGGGUCAGUCCAUUUUGGAGUUUGCGCUGAAGUACGGUAAAGACUACUUAAAAGAAAACCGACAUGGCUCCUUUGCACCUGUCAGAGAAAACAUACCCACUAAAUGGUUUGUUAAUGCUGCUGACUACUUUGGCGCUAUUGCUGAUGCCCUGGAAGGAGCAAAAGAGGAAAUAUUUAUCACCGGCUGGUGGUUAAGCCCAGAGAUCUUCCUCAAAAGACCAGUAGUGGAUGGAAACACUUGGAGAUUAGACUACAUCCUAAAGCGGAAAGCUGAACAAGGGGUGAAAAUAUGUGUUCUGCUUUACAAGGAGGUAGAAGUCGUCCUUGGCAUCAACAGCGAGUACACUAAGAAAACCCUCAUGGGGCUGCACUCAAACAUCAAGGUCAUUCGUCACCCUGACCAUGUCCCAUCCACUGCUUUGCUGUGGGCACACCAUGAGAAGACAGUAGUGAUCGACCAAUCAGUGGCCUUCCUCGGCGGCAUUGACCUGGCCUAUGGGAGAUGGGACGACUGCCAACACAGGCUGACCGAUGUGGGGAGCGUCAGGAGGAGUCCCCAGCCGAGCCCUGCCCUCUCUUCAAAUUUUACCAGGUCUGCAGUGAUACCGGAGGAAGAGAAGGCUGGGACAGAGGAAGAAAAGCUGGGACGAAGGGCCAGAGACAUCCUGAGAGACCUGGAGAAUGGAGAGGGGUGGGGCAGGUGUGGGGCAUGUGAAAGAGGCGGUGUGGGACAGCAGGGGGAGAACAGUAGUGGAGUCCUUCCCAGCAGCAGGCUUCUGAGCACACACACAGAGGAGGACUUCAACUACUGCGCAGAGUCCGAACAGUGCAGCAGCAGGAACAGCCUCAGUUCCAGGACCGUCCCACAUAUGGAGCGGCAGAACAAGAGCCCUGCUCUUCAUUCCAACCAGUCUGAAUCCUUCCGUACCCAUAAUUCUCUCCGUCUGCCUCAGGAGAUCAGCUCUCUGAGGAGCCACAUACGCACCAACGAACUCUCUGGAGAAGCACGGUUCUGGCAUGGAAAGGACUACUGCAACUUUAUCCUGAAAGAAUGGGUCAAACUGAACAAGCCCUUUGAUGACUUUAUUGACCGGUACAAAACACCAAGAAUGCCUUGGCACGACAUCGGGGUGGCCGUGCAGGGCAAAGCAGCUCGAGACAUUGCCAGACAUUUUAUUCAGCGGUGGAAUUUCACAAAACUGGUGAAGAAACGGUCGAGGGCGACGUGUUAUCCCUGCUUGCUGCCGAAAUCACUUAGCGCGCCCACAGAAGUUCCCUCGGAUGUGGGAAAACAGACGCUGGCCUGUGUACAGGUCCUGAGAUCUGUUUGCCAGUGGUCCGUAGGUUCAAAGAUCCAUGAGGAGUCAAUUCACCUUGCGUAUAUCUCUGCAAUCCAGAACAGCGAGCAUUUUAUCUACAUUGAGAAUCAGUUCUUCAUCAGUUGUUCUGACAAAAACAUCCACAACAGCAUAGGUGACACCCUCACAGAGAGAAUACUAAGAGCCCACAGGGAAAAGAAGAAAUUCAGAGUGUACGUGGUGAUGCCUCUUUUGCCCGGAUUUGAAGGAGACAUCUCCUCUGGAGGGGGCCAGGCCAUCAAAGCAAUCAUGUACUUUAAUUACAGGACGAUGUGCCGGGGAGAGCACUCCAUCAUUGAGAGACUCAAAUGUGUGAUGGCUGGCAGCUGGAUAAACUACAUCUCUUUCUGCGGGCUGCGAACUCAUGCUGGUCUGGACGGAAGACUGGUCACUGAACUCAUCUACGUCCACAGCAAGCUGAUGAUUGUGGAUGACCGCACGGUCAUCAUCGGCUCUGCUAACAUCAAUGACAGGAGCAUGCUGGGAAGGCGGGACAGUGAGAUGGCAGUGGUGGUGGAAGACUCUGAGCUCCAGGCGUCAGUGAUGGAUGGAGAGACGUACCAGGCUGGGAGAUUUGCACGCUCUCUAAGGGAAAAGUGCUUCAGGCUAGUCCUUGGUCUCCUGGAUGACCCCACUGUAGAUGUCAGUGACCCAAUCAGUGACAGGUUCUACAAGGAUAUCUGGAUGGUGACAGCUGCAAAGAAUGCUAAUGUGUAUGACAAGGUCUUCCGGUGCCUGCCAACCGAUGCCGUCCUGAACUACAAAAUUCUACGGGAGUACGUGUCACACCCCUGCAUGGCCACAGAGGACCCUGCUCAGGCCUGUGAGGAGCUGAGGAAGGUGCGCGGCUUCCUGGUCCAGUUCCCCUUCUACUUCCUGUCAGAGGAGAACCUUUUCCCAUCCUUGAACUCCAAGGAGGGAAUGAUGCCUAUUGAGCUGUGGACAUAGUCUCACGUGAACAAAAGACUGACUGGGAAGAAAACCAUUCUUCCCAAGAUGAUACCAAUUCUAAUGAAGCUGUACACAAUUCUUUCUACCUUGUAUAUUUUUAUAGAACAUUUGUGCUGUGAUAUAAAAGAGAUCAGAUUUUGGAUAUUCUCCUAACAAUGAAAUAAUAAUAUCUACCUCUUGAACCACCGGGGAAAGACAUAUACAUUAUGAAAGACAAGGGUUGUCUUAUACUAUAUAAUAGAUAUGUCAAAGACAAAGGUAUUAGAAUGUAGGAGGACAUUGAAAACUUUUGGUACACUUUGUCAUUUUUCCUUUAUUAUUACUAUUAUUCUUUUUUUGUGUUACAUGUAAUAAGUUACUUCAUUUGUUCAUUCAUCAAGCGUCUUUGAGACCAUGAAAAGCGCUAUAUAAAAUAAAUUUAUUGUUAUUAUUAUUAUUAUUAUUAUUAUUUAUUCAUAAUAUGCUUUAUUUGAUACAUUUAAUGGAACAUGGAUGGAUGUUGAAAUAAAAUAU